AUGGUUAAAAUCGCUCUACAAAUCAAAGCGACACUAGAAUGUAUUGAAAAGUUAUAUACCAACCAUCCACACUACCCUUGGUUCCUGAAACUGAAGUGUGGAAGUUGCGGCGAAGUGAGUGAAAAGUUUCAUGAUCUCACUGAAGCCGAAAAAGUACCUCAGAAACAUAAUAGGUCAGAAGCUAAUUUGUUAAUUAAAUGUAAGCUGUGCUCAAGAGAGAAUAGUAUGGAUGUUAUCGAAGGGUCAAAUGGUGAAUUCACAAGCAAUGAUGUUAAUAAAUUUAAAACUAUUGUAAUAUUUGACUGUCGAGGGAUUGAGCCCAUUGACUUUGAACCUAAAUCAGGUUGGAUAGCAGUAGCUGAAGACAAUGGAAAAACAUUUGAAGAUGUAGAUUUAGCUGAGAAAGAAUGGGUGGAUUAUGAUGAGAAGAACCAGACUUCAGUUGGUGUGUACGAAUUGGAGUGGCAGUUUAUCAAAGUUAAGUAG